CAUAAGGUUAAUUUUGAUUAAAAAAAACAAUAAUCAAAGAUUGUUUUCAGAGAUUUUGGUGAUUGGAUGGAGCCUCCGAUUGGGUGUUCUUUUCCAUGGCAAUGGCUACUCUCACGUCCUUUCUACUUGUUCAAAUAGCCACCCUAUCCCCUAUUCUCUUUCUGCAAAUCUCCCAUUUAUAUCUCUUCAAUUCUUGGUUCCCCAAUCUCCAGCUAAGCCGCCAUUGAUAACACUCCAAAAGCUUAAGAUGCAUUAUUCUUCUUUCUCUCUUUUCUUCUUCCUGUUUUCCACUUCCAUUCUCCAUGCCUACUCUUCUGAUAUUGACGUGCUGCUGAAGCUUAAGGCUUCCAUGGUCAAGCCGCGGAGCUCCGGGCUGAGUGAUUGGAAAGACGUGGGCAACGCCACCUCCGCCUCCGCCGCCGCCGUGCAUUGCUUCUUCUCCGGGGUGAAGUGUGAUGGGGAUUCGCGGGUGGUUGAUAUAAAUAUUUCUGGUGUUCCGCUCUUCGGCACGCUCCCGCCGGAGAUUGGGCUGUUGGAUCGGCUUGUUAGCUUGACUCUCGCCGACGACAACCUCACCGGGGAGCUGCCGCCGGAGAUGGGGAAGCUCGCGGCGGUGAAAGUUAUUGUUCUGAUGAAUAAUAAUUUUUCCGGUGACUUCCCCGGGGAGAUCUUGGGUGGGAUGACGGAGCUUGAGGUGUUUAACGUUUACAACAAUAACUUCACCGGUAACCUCCCGGUGGAGGUCGUGAAGAUGAAGAAACUGAGGACUCUUAUUCUCGGCGGGAAUUACUUCGCCGGAGAAAUCCCGGCGGCGUACUCUGAGAUCACUAGUUUGCAGAUUUUGCACUUACAGGGAAACUCACUCACCGGUGUUAUACCUCCAAGCCUGUCUAACCUCCCCAACCUUGAGGAACUAAAGCUAGGCUAUUUCAACACAUAUCACGGCGGCGUUCCGCCGGAGUUCGGCUCGUUCGCCACUCUCCGCCUUCUCGAUCUCGGCGGCUGUAACCUCACCGGCACCAUUCCGCCGAGCCUCGCGAAUUUGAAACGGCUGCAUACUCUAUUCCUGCAAAUGAACAGUCUCACCGGUCAUAUUCCGCCGGAGCUGGGGAAUAUGGAGAGUUUAAUGUCUCUGGAUAUUUCGUAUAACAAUAUGACCGGAGAAAUUCCUGAAAGUUUCGCUCAGUUGAAAAAUAUGACGCUCUUAAACCUGUUCAAUAACGAAUUCCACGGUGCAAUCCCGGCGUUCAUCGGCGACCUUCCAAACCUAGAAACGUUACAGGUUUGGGGUAACAACUUCACGUUCGAAUUGCCCGAGAAUCUCGGGCGUAACGGCCGGUUUCUGUAUCUGGACGUAUCGUCCAACCGUUUCACCGGUACGAUUCCGAAACACAUGUGCGCCGGCGGGAGGUUGAAGACGUUGAUUCUCAUGGAGAAUUUCUUCUUCGGUCCGAUUCCUGAAGAGCUCGGCGAGUGCAAAUCGUUGAUUACUGUUCGCGUUAUGAAGAAUUUUCUGAACGGAACGGUUCCUCCCGGGUUCUUCAAUCUGCCGCGGCUCGAUAUGCUUGAGCUGAAUAACAACUUAUUCUCCGGCGAGCUUCCGGCGGAGAUUUCUGCCAGGAAUUUAACGAUUCUCACUCUUUCAAACAAUAUGAUCGCCGGCGAGAUCCCUCCGGCCAUUGGGGAAUUAGAGAGACUCGUGAAGCUGUCGCUUGGCGCCAACAACUUCGUCGGAGAAAUCCCUAAUGAAAUUUCGAAGUUACAGAAGCUCUUGACCAUUGAUUUGAGCGGCAACGGUUUAAAAGGUGAGAUUCCGGGUUCAAUAUCGCAGUGCACCGAGCUGAACUCCAUUGAUUUCAGCGGAAACAAUCUCACCGGUGAAAUUCCAAAGGAAAUCUCAGAGCUUCACAGAUUGAACGCACUCAACUUAUCCGGCAACGCGCUAUCCGGCGCAAUUCCCGCUGAACUAGGGCUAAUGAAUAGCUUAACCGUCUUGGACCUUUCCUACAAUGAUUUCACCGGCCGGAGACCCGCCAACGGGCAGCUAAGGCUCUUCGGCGACCGGUUUUUCACCGGAAAUCCAAGCCUCUGUUCACCUCACGCCCGAUAUUGCCCCUCAGCUUCAUCGGUGAAAACAGCAUCUAAUCAUUCCCAUGUUUUCACCACGGCGAAGAUGAUGAUCACGAUAAUAAUCCUGGUCACGGUGGCGCUGCUGCUGGCAGUCACGUGGGUGAUAAUCCGGCGGGAGAAGAUCCGGAAAUCAAAAGCGUGGAAGCUCACGGCGUUCCAGAGACUCGACUUCAGAGUAGACGACGUUCUGGAGUGCUUAAAGGAGGAGAACAUCAUCGGCAAAGGCGGCGCCGGGAUUGUCUACCGGGGAUCCAUGCCCAACGGCGUCGACGUGGCGAUUAAAAAGCUAAUCGGGCGCGGCACCGGCUGCCACGACCACGGUUUCUCGGCGGAGAUUCAGACGCUGGGCAGAAUCAAGCACCGCCACAUCGUCCGAUUGCUGGGAUACGUUUCCAACAACGACACGAACUUGCUGUUAUACGAGUACAUGUCGAACGGGAGCUUAGGGGAGAUGCUUCACGGGACCAAAGGAUCGUAUUUGCAGUGGGAAACGCGGUACAGAAUCGCCAUGGAAGCCGCCAAGGGGCUCUGCUACUUGCACCACGAUUGCUCGCCGGUUAUUAUCCAUAGAGACGUCAAGUCCAAUAACAUCCUGCUCGACUCCGAUCACGAGGCUCACGUCGCGGAUUUCGGGCUGGCUAAGUUCUUGCGAGACGCCGGCGCGUCCGAGUGCAUGUCCUCCAUCGCCGGAUCUUAUGGCUACAUUGCACCAGAGUAUGCAUACACAUUGAAAGUUGAUCAGAAGAGCGAUGUGUAUAGUUUCGGAGUAGUGUUACUAGAGCUGAUCACGGGACACAAACCGGUGGGCGAGUUCGGGGACGGGGUGGACAUAGUGAGGUGGGUGAGGAAGACCAUCUCGGAGCUAUCUCAGCCAUCCGAUGCGGCCUCCGUGCUAGCCGUGGUGGAUUCCAGGCUCAAUGGCUACCCACUCCAGGGCGUGAUCAACCUGUUUAAGGUUGCCAUGUUUUGCGUUGAAGAUGAGAGUUCUGCCAGGCCAACCAUGAGAGAAGUUGUUCACAUGCUCACUAAUUCUCCCCAGCCUGCCCCUACCUUCAUCACUCUUUGAGACUAAUCACCUAUAUAUUUUCUUAUUUUUAUUUUAAAAAAUGGGAUAAGGCAUGUAUUGUAUAAAUAAAUUGUAAUAUUUGUGUUGUUUUCGGGUGCAAUCUAUCACCCAAAAUUUCGAGAACAAACUGAGCUACUCGUGAGGGUCAUAUUUGUAUCUGUUGUAUAAUGUUGGGUUGGAUACAUUGUUACAUACAUGGCUUGAAUAAUGUCGGGAGAACUUUUCAAAUAAUGUUAAUGUAUGAUAGUAGUUUUGCUAUGGUACUCGAAAAAA